AUGGCCAGGAAACCCGUCCCACGGUCAAAUGAUGAUGCUGCCCUGUACCUGACAAGUUUGAAGCCAUCUUCCCGCCAUCAGCCAAAGGAGUAUCGCCCACACAGCCCAACCGGUUCCAGGUGUCGUGCACCUCCACAUCCGCGCAGGCCAUGGUGCUCAAUCGAAGCCUUUCCAGAAACCGAGUACUGGGGAGAUGGAGAGACGGUGGUUGACGAUGGUGACGUUGGUCAAGGGCAAGGGGUUGACGAUAAGCUUAUCGAUAUAAACCGCCAAACAAAACCCUAUCCUAUCGCACAGAAAACGAUAGCGAUCAACCGUUCGAAAAAUGGUAAAACUGGAACCCAGGCGUCUAAACCGGACGUCUAG